CUUCACAGCAUACGAAAUAGCGGGCCAAACACGGCUCAUAUUGCAGGACGUAGCAAAGCAAGUCAGCAUUCGACUUCCUCUAUUCGAAAGAAAGACAUCGCUUCAAAUUAACAGUGCUCAUACUGAAACGUCGCAUUUUGACUUCCCUACGUCGAUGUGGAGAUAGACGAAGGAGCAAUUUGGAUGCUAUUCACGCAAAACCAUGAAAGUUACGCUUAUAUUUUUGCUGUGUGUCGUGUUUUGCUGGUUCUGUUCUGUUCUUGGAGCAAAGAGCUGCAAGCGUACAAACAAGAAGCCCUGGCGGUACUGCGAGGAUGCGUGCUCAUCUGAUAGCGAUUGCAUGGACAAGAAAAAGUGCUUGUGUGACGGGGACUGUGGAAUGAGCUGCAUUACGCCGGGACUAAGUUGUGGCGAGCCGCCAUCCAUAUCUAAUGGCCAAAAGAGAAAGACUGGCACGGGACUCGGAGAUACCGUGACGUAUAGUUGUACUCAGCCGUAUCAACGCAGGGGGCCUGAGACUCGGACAUGCCGAGGAAUAGGCAAAUGGGAUGGAAAGAAGACGCGAUGCAGGAAAUUUUGCAAGGAUCCUGGUGAUACUCCUUACGGCAACAGAGAUAAAGGGAGAUCUGACUCUUCCCACCGUGUAGGAACCUCAAUUCGCUACUGGUGCUUUCCCGGAACUCAACUGGUAGGGUCAGCGGUUAUUACCUGUAUGAAGAGUGGGGACUGGAGCGACAAGACUCCCAACUGCAGCCUGCCGUCUUGUGGAAAACCUGUCAAACCAGAUAAUGCCAUCUUUCUCAAGCCGAGUAUGGACAAGGACAAGUACUCGUUUAACGACGUGGUACUCUACAAGUGCGAGUUUGGAUACUACGGCAUCGGGAGCAGAAUGCAGACGUGCUUGAAGGGAACCUGGGACUCGACAACAUUCCAAUGCUUACCUAAAAGUUGCGGAGAUCCUGGGACCCCUGCUAACGGGGGACGGAGCGGUCAAGUGUACACGUUCAAAAGUAAAGUGUUCUUCUCAUGCGACCGCGGUCACAUCAGGGUCGGACCAGCGUUCAGACAGUGUCAAUCAAACCAGAAAUGGAGCGGGGUCACGCCUACUUGUCAACCUGUUGAUUGUGGCUCACUCCCUACUCCAAAGAACGGCGCCAAGACCGAAGAGACAAAAACUACCUACCAGGGGAGGGUAUCGUUCCAAUGCGUGAAGAAGGGCCACGAGUUAAAAGGAUCACGAGUGCGUGUUUGUCAAGAAGAUGGGCGAUGGGACGGAACAUUCACGAAAUGCGACCCUGUUGAGUGCGACGACCCAGGUACACCUCGCUUCGGUGGCCGAAACCCUGACAAAGACAAAUAUAUCUACGGUGACACGGUGACCUACGAAUGUAAGAAGAACUUCACCAUGAGUGGCGGAGCGCAGGUCAUCGUCUGCAGCGAAACCAAGACGUGGACGGGAAAAGUACCGAUUUGCCUAGCCCCAUGUGGAGAUCCCGGGACACCUAAAGGGGGCUUUCGCCGCGACCAUGACUUCACACACGGCAAACAAGUCCGGUUUAGCUGCCCUGUGAACUGGCAAAUGGAGGGCUCUGAUACUAUCACUUGUAACAACGGGCGAUGGGACAAACAAGCGCCUAAAUGCCUAGCGCCUUGUGUUUUUCCUGGGAAUCUCGCAAACGGCAGAGUGUCUGGAUGGGACUUUCGCCACGGAAAGCGCAUCGACUUCUAUUGUAACUCUCGAUUUAGACGAAUCGGUGCGUCCUCGAGUACGUGUAAUGAUGGUCGGUGGAGCGAUGAUUUACCUAAAUGUAUAGCCUUGUGUGACAAUCCCGGAAAACCAACCAAUGGAUUUCUCCAUGGAAACGACUUUUUGGAUGGCAAAAGCGUAUCUUUCUCCUGUUACAGAGGUUAUGAUCUCUAUGGUAACAGUCAAUUAACUUGUCGUGGAGGAUCAUGGGAUGGCCUCAGACCGGAAUGCAAACGGCAAUGCCGAGUCGGAAAUGCUCCAAAUCGCGGCUCUAUAGAAGGUAGCGUUCGUCCUUGGAGCUACGUGAGGCACGCAGAUCGUGUUACGUACCGAUGUGACCCUGGCACUGAUCCUGAUGGCCAAACUCAACUCGUAUGCAAUGACGGCAGGUGGAGCUCGCCAGUGCCUGAGUGUAAAGCACAAUGUGGAAAUCCUGGGAGAAUUGUGAAUGGCGCAACGAUAGGAAGCCUUUAUAAUAACGGUGCACAAGUCAUAUAUUCAUGCUAUAAGGGCUUCACAUUGAGUGGCCAAGACCGCAUUACCUGUCGGGACGGAAUGUGGACCCCCGGACCACCCACAUGCGAAGCCACAUGUAACGAUCCUGGAGCGCCAUUGGACGGAUUCAAGCGAGGGUCGAAUUAUGAACACGGUCAGAGCGUUAGCUUUGGUUGCAACAAGGGAUUUCAGCUGAAAGGAGCAUCUGCAAUAGUUUGUAACAGUGGAAACUGGAAUGACACAAUACCUACUUGCGAAGGCGUUUGCCCUGAACUACCUGCGCCCGCUAAUGGUCAGCGUAACGGUGAUUCAUUCACACAUGACUCAUGGGUUAGAUUUACUUGUAACAAUGGUUACACCAGAGUGGGAUCUUAUUGGCUGCAAUGUCGCAAGGACGGCACGUGGAGUGAGAAAAUUCCACUCUGCAAAGCCGACUGUGUCGACCCUGGAAUCCCUGCAAGCUCUGCCAGGAAUGGCAGUGACUUCACUCACGGAUCCUCCCUCACUUACACAUGUCAGAUGCAGGGAUUUUCUACGAUAGUCUGCGAAGAUGGAAGGUGGUCACAUGAUUCACCGAGAUGCGAAGCGUGUGGCUCGGCCUUGGGAAUGGAGAGCGGUGGCAUCACCAACAGUCAAAUCGUAGCCUCAUCGCACCAAUGGUUUCGCGCCCCUUCGAAUGCAAGACUGAAUGGAGAUGGAGCUUGGUGCUCUCCGGACCAUUAUCCCCACCUUGAGAUCGACUUUGGGAAGCCCUACAAGGUCACCGGCCUAGCGACCCAGGGCAGCGCUAAGGACAGUAGAUGGGUUGGGCAUUUCACAGUCAGCAGUAACCUUGCAGGAAUGUCUUUUAACGACUACAGAGAGAGAAACACUGAGAAACUGUUUGUGGGAAAUAGAGACUCUUUUGCUGUCAAAAAGCAUCAAAUCCAGAACCCGUUUAUCGCAAGAAAAAUACGGAUUCUGCCAAAAAAGAAAGGCGGCUUCUCGAAAUCCAGCCCGGCGUGCAUGCGAGUGGAGGUGUACGGUUGUGAUCUUCCUUCCGGGUGCGUCAUGGUGGGAUCCCGAGUGUUCGGGAAAUGGGGCACGAAUCUUAGAAACGCUGAUUACUAUUUCAAGGCUUAUGUGAAAACCAUCGGGGAUUCAUUUGUCGAGGUUGACAUCGAAUCCAAAAGAGAAGAUACUACAGAAUACCAGAAGUUGCCAAGAAACACAGGGUUCCCAUUUGUUCUGGACUUUGUUCCAAUGCCUGAGGAUCUCAAAAGAGGUACCCGUGUUAUCGCGAGGUGGGGAGAUGUCUACUAUGCAGGGACUAUAGCAACCAUCGGAUCGCGCUAUUACAGAGUUCUCUUCGAUGACGGGGAUACAUUGUCACUCGAGAUCAAGGAUAUUCGGCUUCUCAAGAGACCAACGUUUUGUCCGAGCACUUGAGCUUGUGAUCAUUGUAAAUAAUAGAGACAUGAUUGUAUUUAACAAAGGAAAAAAAUAGGUAGAUAAGUAGCAAAGGGGAGAAACACUGGAAGAGCUCUGAAAAUAUUUGAGGACAAUAGAUUUAACACGUGACCACCUCAACAUAGACAAGGCCGUAGCAGGCCACGUUUGAUUGGGGGGGGGGGGGGGGGCACAAUACAGAAACAUUAUGGAAAUAUUCGGGGGGCACAGCCACGCCCCUUCUGGUCAUUUCCUUAUAUUUUUUUAAAAUAUUGGGGGUGCACGUGCUCCCAAGUGCCCCACCCCUUGCCCUGAUAGAUAUACAAACACCACCUCAACAUGGAUAUUGCAAAAGAUAAAAAAGAAGGGAAGAUGCUCUAAUAAUUUUAGGUCUCCUGUGGUUGUUGGGGUAGCAUUGAGUGGCACCUAAUAAUUGAAGGUUUAUAUAUAAUUAUAGGUAUAUUUCUGCUGUGUCAGAAAAGGCAAGUGUUUCAAUACUUAGAAUAUCACAUUUCAUAAUAACAGACUCUGUUUGUAAAAUAAACAAGUAAAACUAAUUGCACUAUGUUAACGUCUCUCCACCAUGCCUAAGAAGCUCUGUACUGUAGUGGUACCUCGUUCCACCCCUGCUAGCAGAGGUUUCACACCCUCGCGCAUGCGCUAAAAAACGAGCCAAAAACCACCUCAACUCAGGAGUUCUUACAUAUGCCAUAUGGCUGCAUAUAAGGGUGCAAAAAAAAAAAUGUUAGAAACUUUUCGACAAAUGGAGGUUAAUAAAGCGAAUUGUUUAACCGAA